AGAAGUCUGGCAGGAAAUGAAUUGUCAACAACGGCUCUUUGGUACGGAGCUUCGUGGUGAUAGUGAGUGAAGAGCAAGGCAGUGAAUAAAGAAGUAAUUUAUUCACUCUCAACUGUUUCAAUUGUUAACCCAACUGAGUAGAACAGUUGUCUACUGACAAGAACAAGAAUGGCUGACGUGAUUGACAGUGAGGUAUUUCGGGCUUUCACCACUCAUGCCACACUGGUGGUUCUAAAGAUGUUACUCAUGGCACCCCUGACUGCAUACUUCCGCAUCACCCGCAAGGCCUUUUCUAACGCAGAAGAUGUGAGUUCCCAUGCUAAGAGCCCUGAGGACAAAAAGAAAUUUAUAAGAAGUGAUCCUGAUGUUGAGAGAGUCCGCAGAUGCCACCAGAAUGAUCUGGAAAACAUCAUCCCAUUCAUUAUCAUUGGGCUUCUCUACUCAUUGACUGGACCGGACCUAUCCACGGCUCUGCUACAUUUCCGGGUCUUUACGGUCUCUCGGCUCUGCCACACCGUGGCCUACGUGGGUGCCCUCCCCCAGCCAAGCAGAGGUCUGUCCUGGAUGGUUGGGAUGCUCGCCACAGUGUCUAUGAUCUACAGGACUCUCAGCACUGUGCUGUUGCUUUAGAUGUAGACUAUUGCAUUGUUGACAUAGGCCUGCUUUGUUUUUUGGAACUAUCAAAUUGGUAUUGCUGACACGUGUCUGUAAAUGAAUUAUUUUGCAUGUCUGUACCAAGAAAUUAUAUCUCUCGCAGGUCUAUUUUUAUAAUCUAGUGGCUUCCUCUCUUUGUUGACUUGAAUGCAUAUUUUAUACAUGUAAGUGCUAUGCCAUGCUGUUGUGCAAAGGUAAAGAACACUAGUACGUUUUGUUGCACAUGUACAGUAUGUGCGUUUAGAAAAGGUUUUGUACCAGUAUCUGUUAUUUUAUAGCCUACUGUCAUUCCAAAGCAGUAAUGGACCUUCAAGCAGCUCGUUUAAAUGUGACUUAGGCCCAACAUUUAUUUUAGUAUCAACUUUCAAAAGUGUGCCUUUUGAAAAAUAAAAUAAUGGAAAAAUAUUGUAAAAAAUAAAUAAACUCUGCUCAACUUC